AUGGCUUUUCCAGAGGUGAUUCAAUGUAUAGAGAAGUCACAAGGUCUUAAUAUACUGCCUUAUUUCAGCUUUAAGAAGAUGAGGGAGAAAGAAAUUUGUCCAAGUGUGCAGUCAUGUAACAUUCUAAUUGACAGUUAUGGGCGGAGUCGCCAAUUUGAGAAGUGUUUACAAAUUCUUGAAGAAAUGGAAAAUAAUAGGUUGAGGCCUAAUGUCAUAUCCUAUGGUUCUCUAUUAAAUUGUCUAUGCAAGGAUGGCCGACUUCUUGAAGCUGAAGUACUUUUUAAGCAUAUGGUGAAUAGAAGCAUUUGGCCAAAUGUGCAGAUAUAUAAUGCCGAAUUCUUGAAGCUGAAGUACUUUUUAAGUAUAUGUUGA